AUUACCACAUACUGAAAAAGAAGAAUAAGAAAAUAAAACAAAAAUAAAUAUCCUUUUCAUUUUUAUUUAUUCAUUGGAGGCUAUUAAAAGCCACAGAAAAAUGAGUUUAUAAAACACAUGAGCGAGCUCGACGCAUUCCACUUGUACUCUUUCUUCCAUUUGACGCACAAAAAAAAGGAAAAAUAAGAUAACAAAUACAUAACUAUAAAACAAACAGAACUCUGGAGAAUCUCUCCUUAUCAUUCACAAUAUGUCGAGAAAUGAAGAUGGUAAGGCACAACCGCCGGAGAAGUUUAACUUUACCCGGAGAUGUAGUUUGCUCAGCCGUUACUUGAAGGAGAAGGGUAGUUUCGGGAAUAUAGAUCUUGGAUUAGUCCGAAAGCCCGAGUUGGAUCUUGGGUUACCAGGAAACUAUGAUCAACAAGAGAAACAAAAUGUGAUGCAUAAGGCAAAAGGCGAACUCUCUAGCUCAUCUGGAGGCAAAGCCAAAGCUACCAAUCUCAGUGAACACCCAGAUGCAGCAAGUUCACAGCUGACAAUAUUCUUUGGAGGAAAAGUUUUAGUAUACAAUGAGUUUCCUGCAGAGAAAGCUAAAGAGAUAAUACAAGUAGCAAAAGAAGCCAAGCCUGAGACUGAGAUCAACACUCAGACACAAAUCAAUGACCACAAGAACAAAAGCAACAUGGUUCUUCCGGAUCUCAACGAGCCCACAGACUUUGCUGAUGUCAAUCAGCAACAACAACAACAACAAAACCAGCUCGUGGAACGUAUAGCACGUAGAGCUUCCCUUCAUCGGUUCUUUGCUAAACGUAAAGACAGAGCUGUGGCUAGAGCUCCAUACCAAGUUAACCAAAACGCUGGUCGUCAUCAUUAUCCUCCCAAGCCAGAGACUCUGCCCGGUCAGCAGCGAGAGCAGGGACAGUCGUCACAACGACCGGACACUGCUGUUGCUCAAACCGUUUCCCAUCCCAAACCAGAAUGUGCUAAAGAUAUGUUGAUGGAAGUUAAGGGAGAGGGCCAAUGUUCGAAAGAUCUCGAACUUAGGCUAUAGUUUUGUUAAAUAUUUGUAAGAGACUUAAACUUAAGAUUAUCAUCUGACUUAUUUAAGUGAUUUUUGCUUUGUACUAAAGUUUGUAAUCAUUUUUAGCUUGAAUAAGUAUAAAUGCAAUAGUUAAUUUAUAUACAAAUUUAUACUCCCUCUGUUUCAUUAUAAAUGUCACUCUACAGCUAUGCACA